AUGUUCACGCUGAGGUCAUGCCAAUCAUUGAUUUUGAGAGGUUCCGCUAAUUAUGUACGUCAUAUCACAAAUGUACAGACUCUAUGGAAAGAUAUACCGUCUGCAACUAUGAAUAGCGCGUUAUUCAAUUAUGUACGUGCAUUAGACAACGAUCCAAAGAAUAACAAUAGGCAACAGAAGCAUAGAAAUAGAGAUUCAAGAAAUAGACCCCCAUUAAACGGUGUAAAUAGGAAAAAAAAUUUGGUAGUUAAAUGGUCAACAGGAUCUAAGAGAGCUCAAGAAGCUGCAAACAGUACAUUGUCUGAGAUUCUAAAGAUACGUCCAGACGGUAACGUUAAGGCGAUUGAUACGCAAAGUAAUGUGGUUAGUCUCGUUAAUAUUCGUGAAUUAAUCAAAGGCAUUGAUUUAGACAAAGAAGGUUUUAUUAUAUUGAAGGUUGAAGAAGAUGACCAAGGUGCUUUAGUACCUCUAGUAAAAAUGCUCCCUGCAAAGACAGUGACUAAUGCAUACGCUGAUAAGUUAGCCAAAGAUAAGGGGAUCGAAUUACUAAAACUAGGAGUAAAUCGAUCGAGAAUUGGUCAUUCGACCCCCAAAGACGGUAGCAAUUCCGAUACAAAGUGCGUUAAAGUUUCCUGGCAAAUCUCUGACAGAGAUUUAGCAAAACAGAAGGCGAAUGAAAUCAUGUCCCAAGUUAAAAAGGGGCUAAAGGUAACAAUAAUUUUAGAUAAUAAGGAAUCCAUGAACAUGGAUCCAAUUAUGAAAGAGGAAUCUCAAGAUACAAGUAAGGCUGCUGCUACUACUCGUCUGUCUGAGGAAGAACGUGAAGAGAGACUGAUUAUAAUUGAACAAUUAAAGCAAAUACUCUAUACGAAUCCGGUGAGAAUCAAAGUAGAGGGAAGCAUUCGUAAUAGGAUGACUGUAAAAGUGAUCCCCAAGGGGUCAUCGUUUGAUUGCAAGGAAGACAAACGGGCACUCAAGGAACAACGGAAAAGGGAAAAACAAGAAAAGCUAAGGAGAAGAAUAGAAAAGAAGCUGUUAAGAAAAGCUGAUGGCUGA